CUCGGUGCUCACACGAGCUGAUCUGAUCGCCGGCGACAUCACUCGGGAGACCGGCCGGGCGCGUGGCCCCUGCAGGCGAGGCCAAGUUCCCCGUGCGUCCCUGAGCCCUUCCAGGCUCUCGCGCCCGCUGCUGGCACAGAGUAACAACCCCAGGCCGUUGGGAACGUAAGUGCGCCCUGGCGGCCCUGCCCCCAGUCCGGGCUGCCGCGCUCUGAGCGCCUUUCUAUCCUUCCGUCGGUCCUGCACAGCGCAACGAUGCCAGCCCCUCUGGAGACCUGCAUCUCCGACCUCGACUGCGCCAGCAGCAGCAGCAGCAGCAGUGAUCUGUCCGGCUUCCUUACCGACGAGGAAGACUGUGCCAGGCUCCAACUGCCAGCCUCUGCCUCGGGGCCGCCAGCGCCGGUCCGCAGGGGCGCGCCCAGUACCUCCCGAGCGUCAGAGGUUCCAGGGGCACAGGACGAGGAGCAGGAGCGGCGGCGGCGCCGCGGCCGGGCGCGGGUGCGCUCAGAGGCGCUGCUGCACUCGCUGCGCAGGAGCCGGCGCGUCAAAGCCAACGAUCGCGAGCGCAACCGCAUGCACAACUUGAACGCUGCGCUGGACGCACUGCGCAGCGUGCUGCCCUCGUUCCCCGACGACACCAAGCUCACCAAGAUCGAGACGCUGCGCUUCGCUUACAACUACAUCUGGGCUCUGGCCGAGACACUGCGCCUGGCGGAUCAAGGGCUCCCCGGAAGCGGUGCCCGGGAGCGCCUCCUGCCACCGCAGUGCGUCCCCUGCCUGCCCGGACCCCCAAGCCCCGCCAGCGACGUGGAGUCCUGGGGCUCAGGUGCCGCCGCCUCUCCCAGCGCCGCCGCCGCCUCUCCACUCUCUGACCCCAGCAGCCCCGCCGCCUCCGAAGACUUCACCUACGGCUCCGGCGACCCCGUUUUCUCCUUCCCAGGCCUGCCCAAAGACUUGCUCCACACGACGCCUUGUUUCAUCCCUUACCACUAGGCCCUUUGUAGGCACCGUUACCUUCCCCCUCCCCUAGUCAGCAGGCAAUAGAUGGGGCCCCAGCUGCCGCCUCCUCGGGACCCACUCUCCAGGAGGAGGGAGGAAGCGGGAGCUUUAAAGGGGUCGGGGAUACCUGAGCCGCUUGUUAGGUCGCUGCACCCUCGCUGCGGCUGCCUCUUGGUCUGUUUCUCCAGCCCUCAGCCCCGGGCCCCUCCUGCCCGUCCCUAGACGGCCUUUCCUUUUGCACUUUCUGAACUCCACAAAACCUCCUUUGUGGCUGGCUCAGAACUGACCCCAGCCACCACUUCAGUGUGAUUUAGAAAAGGGACAGAUCAGCCCCUGAAGACGAGGUGAAAAGUCAAUUUUACAAUUUGUAGAACUCUAAUGAAGAAAAACGAGCAUGAAAAUUCGGUUUGAGCCGGCUGGCAAUACAAUGAAAAGGCUUAAAAAGGAGAGACAAGGAGUGGGCUUCAUGCAUUAUGGAUCCCGACCCCCACCACUGCAGGCUCGCUCUAGGAAGAACUGGAGACUCUUGCUUAGCUAUUCAGGCACCGGGCUGGAGUGUACUUUAAUUUAUUCAAGAUGCUUCAUUCAUAUGAAAAUGUAUUUUUGUACAUAAAGAGUUUAUUCUAUUAUGAGCUGUCAAAGUUUACGUUUGUACUGCAGAUGCUUCAUGUAAAUAAAAACUAA